AUGGAGAACGAUUCUACUUCGGCUCCUCUCGCAGAUUACUUCUGGAUCGCGGGGAUUGACUCUUUACAGUAUGGACCCGAGGUUUUCCCCUCAAACCAAAGGGAUAGAUCAAACAACAACAUACAAACGCCCCCCUCUCCUCAAGUCGAUGCCACGAUAGAAGAAAGUCCCGAAGGUGAAAACUCACCUCCUCCAAAUACCAACCGAGCUUCAGCACGCCAUUCCCGCAACAACUCAUGGAAUCGUCUCAGCAAACAAACUUCGCACGAUUCGCGAAGCUCAAUAUCCACUCUUGACGAGCUUGAGGGGAUGACUGCGAGCAAUCGAAGUAGCAUGACAAUAAAAGCGGGUGAAAUCGGUCAUAUUUAUGGUAAUGGUAACGGGAAUGGAAACGGAAAUGGAAAUGGCAAUGGAAAUGGAAAUGGAAAUGGAAAUGGAAAUGGUAGUGGUAGUGGAAAUGGAAAUGGAAAUGGCGCGAAAGCCGAAGGAGGAAUAUUUGCAAAUUUCGACUUCGAUAAAGCUCUAUUGAAGUUUGCGAACGAGCGGGAGAAUUUCCUGGAUGAUCUGAGUUUUAGUGCUGGAGCUCCAACGCAGGCUGCACCUCCUAUGACAAAUCCGAGGACUUCGAGAUUAAGAGUGGAAGAUGCAGAUAACAUACAUAGGAGAAGUCCGACGUUGAGGAGUGUUGGUGGAAGUAUCAGGAGAAGAAUUAGCUUCAGGGAUCUGAACAGCGUAAAGAGGCAACCUUCCAUGGCAGGUAGAAGUAUGUCGGUCCGAACUUCGAGGCGCUUGAGCAAUUAUAAUUCCGUCAUUCCUCCUCCAGAGCCCCUGAAUCUGGACCCUGAUAUGCACCCUUUGAAACGACGUUUCGAACCAGUUUUACUUGAUAGAUACCCACCCAAACAUGCGACAGAGGAAUUGCCGAGGAGAGGUAGAUUCCCUGAUUACGUCCCCAUGUUUGCAUUUCCGAACGACAUCAAUAUUGUUUCUUCUGACGAACGACCACGAUCGACUUGGCAUGGAUUCGCCAUGACCUCGGAUGAUAAUUCCAAAAUAUAUGGUAUUACGGUGAUUGUUUGGAAGCCACUGGAUCAGGAAGCGGCUUUAAAUGUCGAGAGAAGAUGCGAGGCUUGGAGACAAGACCAUAUGACGAACGAAGAGCGCGAACUUGCAGCUAGUUUAGGAGAACGAUUGGCUGCGGAGCGCGCCCAUCUUUCGCAGUUGCUAGCAGAGUUGCCCACUGUUGUUUCUGGCUCAGCUGCUAGAGAACAAUUGGAAGAGCAGAUCAGCGCGGUGGAGGAGAAAAUUACUUUGAUGACUGACAUGUUGCGGCCUGUCAGACACGGCGCAGCAGCCAAAAUUGAGGGAUUAACCGAUGGCGAGACGGGGCUUUGGAUACCUAGAGCGUAUGGAAUCCUUGGCAGAGAUGGAAGUAUGACAAGCUUCUGGAAGGAAUGGCUGAAGGCUGUUGUGGUACCUAUGACAGACGGUGGAAUCCUCCGAGUUCCUGCAAGCUCGCCAAAAAUCGGUAGAUGGCAACCCCUGGAGAGGUACGUUGUCAACCUGUGUACCGAAGCACUAAGCCCGUUAUCCUCGAAAACCCAAAUUGAAAUUGCAGUGCGAGAACUACGGCUUUUUGCACGAAAGGAAGCACCCAACGAAUUACCCGAAUCACGAAACACCGAUAUUUAUGCACUAUUUAGAGCUUUGAGUAUACCCAAUAUCGUCGCUCUGGUAGAGUUCAUGUUAUCGGAAUCGAGAAUCAUUUUACUGUCAUCCCAUACAGCCAUGCUACAUCUUGCUAGCAAGGCCUUGGUCAGUCUCUUAUACCCGCUAAAAUGGGCAAGCAUUUUCAUUCCAGUUCUACCAGCUAGAUUGAUCUCCGCGCUGGAAGCGCCUUGUCCUUAUAUUGUUGGGAUUGAAAGGAGAUAUGAUAACAUAGUACUUCCAGAGGAUGAUUACGUUUUCGUGGAUUUGGAUCAAGAUUCGGUUGAGUCCACAGCCCCACCUGUGUCAUUACCACGACAACAACGUCGAAAGCUUGUAUCUCUCCUACAGCUAGCAGCUCCACAUCACAAUAGAUGUGGCGUAGAGGUAGCACCACCACCUUAUGCUGUCGAAACUUUCCCUUAUGAUGCAUUCUCAUCAGAGAACGAAUCGAUAUUUACCCAAAAUGCACCUACUGGGACUCUGGGUAAAUACGUUAGUCAGAACUCGACCACAUUUGGAGAGCCGGAUCUACAAAAGAGAAAGAGGCCUUUGGUUUUCAAUGCAUUCUUGCAAUCGAAGAAUGACCAUACUCGGGUUGAGCGUCCAUCCACCAGCAGGUCCAGCAAGACCAGUCCACCAACAUCCUUGUCACCAGUCUCUGGACAUUGCCCACCAAUGCCUACAACUCCCAUCUCUCGAAAUGAUUCCGGCUUUGCUCUCACGGCCACAUUGAGAGAAAAGAGGUCUGGUCAUUUUGAUGCAAACUCGAGACGUAGUUCUUCAUUUGGUUUGGAACGACAGCCAACACUUCGCAGACCAAGUGCACCAUUUGUCAAUGGUCACUCGGCUAGUCUUUCCACUUCUGCUGUGUCCAUCGGCGAUAGCAAAUCUAUGUAUGGUUAUACGCCAUCUGCUUAUGCACCAUCUGCCUAUGCAGCAUCCACUAUCGCUGCAUCAACAAUCAUGCCCAACAUGCUCAUGCAGCCGGUGCGAAACACAGAGACCACAAUAUGGGUAGAGGGACAUUGUUUUGUCUAUAACGCCAAUGACAUGGGAUCCCACCUUGGGCGACCAUCAAAAGAGCAAAAGUCAAGAGGACAAUUGUAUGGAUUUGACAUGGCUGGUUUCUUGAAGAGUCUCCCAAGUGAUCAACAAGAAUAUAUUACGAUGCUGCAACAGACACAAGCUUUCAACGAAUUUAUCCAUGAAAGGGAAACUAAACAAUCGAACGAUCGAGACAUUCAGUUGUUCGACUCAAUCAUUCAAGCUAAGAAGUCAAGAGGACGCGCGGCAUUCUUUUCUUCGAAAUCAUCACUUCGACCUAGUUUCCUUGAGGAUACAUCAGAUCACUUAUGGCGAUCCGCAUUAGUUCCGGUACCUAGGGAUGCCAAGUUCCCGGGUGAAUAUAGGACAAUCAUCUCCAGAAUUCCAGCACAACUGGAUAUUGGAUUAAUGAAAGAACCACGCAGCGUUGCUGGAGUUCCUCGUAUAGAUACACCAGGAAAACGAGUAGGUCGCAAAGCAGUUCCGAGCAUGCUAGGUGGUAACGGAAUAAUCUGA